GGGAGACACAGCGAGAAGAGCGCGCGCGCGGAGCAGGGGUCCCCAUGGCGCUCCCUGGGGCCGGCCUGGCUGUCUUCUUCUUCCUGCAGAUGGCCUUCACCCUGAACCCCGAGGACCCCAACGUGUGCAGCCACUGGGAGAGCUACGCCGUGACCGUGCAGGAGUCGUACGCACACCCCUUCGAUCAGAUCUACUACACGCGCUGCACGGACAUCCUGAACUGGUUCAAGUGCACCCGGCACCGGAUCAGUUAUAAGACGGCGUAUCGGCGCGGCCUCAGGACCAUGUACCGGCGCAGGUCCCAGUGCUGCCCCGGCUACUACGAGAACGGCGACUUCUGCAUACCCCUGUGUACGGAGGAGUGUGUGCACGGCCGCUGUGUGUCCCCCGACACCUGCCACUGCGAGCCUGGCUGGGGAGGCCCUGACUGCUCCAGCGGCUGCGACAGCGACCACUGGGGCCCCCACUGCAGCAACCGCUGCCAGUGCCAGAACGGCGCCCUGUGCAACCCCAUCACCGGCGCCUGCGUGUGCGCCGCCGGCUUCCGCGGGUGGCGCUGCGAGGAGCUCUGCGCGCCUGGCACCCACGGCAAGGGCUGCCAGCUGCCGUGCCAGUGUCACCACGGCGCCAGCUGCGACCCCCGCACGGGAGAGUGCCUCUGCGCGCCAGGCUACACCGGCGUCUACUGCGAGGAGCUGUGCCCCCCCGGGAGCCAUGGAGCUCACUGUGAGCUGCGCUGCCCCUGCCAGAAUGGGGGCACCUGCCACCACAUCACUGGCGAGUGUGCCUGCCCCCCAGGAUGGACGGGAGCAGUGUGCGCCCAGCCCUGCCCACCAGGGACGUUUGGCCAGAACUGCAGCCACGACUGUCCCUGCCACCAUGGAGGACAAUGUGACCAUGUGACUGGACAGUGCCACUGCACAGCUGGAUACAUGGGGGACAGGUGCCAAGAGGAGUGCCCCUUGGGGACCUUCGGCUUCCAGUGCUCACAGCGCUGCGACUGCCACAACGGAGGCCAGUGUUCGCCCACCACGGGCGCCUGCGAGUGCGGCCCUGGCUACAAGGGCCCGCGCUGCCAGGAGCGGCUGUGCCCCGAAGGCCUGUACGGCCCAGGCUGCUCCCUGCCCUGCCCCUGUGACACUGACAAUACCGUGAGCUGCCACCCAGUAACUGGAGCUUGCACCUGCCAGCCGGGCUGGUCUGGCCACCACUGCAAUGAGUCCUGCCCCGCCGGCUACUAUGGCGAUGGCUGCCAGCUGCCUUGCUCGUGCCAGAAUGGCGCUGACUGUCACAGCAUCACGGGGAGCUGCACCUGUGCCCCUGGCUUCAUGGGAGAGUUCUGUGCCGUCCCCUGCGCCGCGGGGACCUAUGGACCCAACUGCUCCUCUGUCUGCAGCUGUCACAACGGUGGCAUCUGCUCCCCGGUAGACGGCUCCUGCGCCUGCAAGGAAGGAUGGCAGGGUCUGGACUGUGCCCUGCCGUGUCCCAGCGGGACGUGGGGCCUGAACUGCAAUGAGACCUGCGCCUGCGCCAACGGGGCGGCCUGCAGCCCUGCGGACGGCGCCUGCACCUGCACCCCUGGCUGGCUGGGAGACACCUGUGAGCUGCCCUGCCCGGACGGCACAUUUGGGCUGAACUGCAGCGAACGCUGUGACUGCAGCCACGCUGACGGCUGCGACCCCAUCACAGGCCACUGCUGCUGCCUGGCCGGAUGGACAGGCGUCCGCUGCGACAGCUCCUGUCCGCCCGGCCGCUGGGGCCCCAACUGCUCCGUGUCCUGCAGCUGUGAGAACGGCGGCUCCUGCUCUCCUGAGGAUGGGACCUGCGAGUGCGCCCCCGGCUUCCGAGGACCCUUGUGCCAGAGAAUCUGUCCUCCUGGCUUCUACGGACUCAGCUGCGCCCAGCCUUGUCCCCUCUGUGUGCACAGCAGCGGGCCCUGUCACCACAUCAGCGGCCUCUGCGAGUGCCUCCCGGGGUUCUCCGGAGCCCUCUGCAACCAAGUAUGUGCUGGAGGGCACUUCGGGCAGGACUGUGCCCAGCUCUGUUCCUGUGCCAACAACGGGACCUGCAGCCCCAUCGAUGGCUCCUGCCAGUGCUUCCCUGGGUGGAUCGGCAAGGACUGCUCCCAGGCAUGCCCGCCCGGGUUCUGGGGCUCCGCCUGCUUCCACACCUGCAGCUGCCACAACGGGGCGAGCUGCAGCGCGGAGGACGGGGCCUGCCACUGCGCCCCAGGCUGGACCGGACUCUUCUGCACGCAGCGUUGCCCAGCAGCGUUUUUUGGGAAGGACUGUGGGCGUGUGUGCCAGUGUCAGAACGGCGCAAGCUGUGAUCACAUCAGCGGCAAGUGCACCUGCCGCACGGGCUUCACUGGACGCCACUGUGAACAGAGAUGUGCUCCGGGAACUUUUGGCUACGGGUGUCAGCAGCUGUGUGAGUGUAUGAAUAAUGCCACCUGUGACCACGUCACUGGUACCUGUUACUGCAGCCCUGGAUUCAAAGGCAUCAGGUGUGACCAAGCUGCCCUCAUGAUGGAAGAGCUGAACCCCUACACCAAGAUCAGCCCAGCCCUGGGCGCGGAGCGGCACUCGGUGGGCGCUGUCACGGGCAUCGUCCUCCUGCUGUUCCUCAUGGUGGUGCUGCUGGGCCUGUUCGCCUGGCGCCGGCGGCGGCACAAAGAGAAAGGCCGAGACCUGGCUCCCCGUGUCUCCUACACCCCCGCCAUGCGGAUGACCAGCACUGACUACUCCCUCUCAGAUUUGUCUCAAAGUAGCAGCCACGCCCAGUGCUUUUCCAAUUCCAGCUACCACACACUGGCACGUGGGGGGCCUGCUACCAGCCAGGCCAGCACUCUGGACAGGAACAGCCCCACCAAGCUCAGUACCAAGUCCCUUGACAGAGACACGGCAGGCUGGACCCCCUACAGCUAUGUGCACGUGUUAGACUCCCAUUUCCAGAUCAGUGCCCUGGAAGCCAGGUACCCGCCCGAGGACUUCUACAUUGAAUUUAGACACCUCAGCCAUCCCGCUGAGCCACACUCACCAGGUGCUUGUGGAAUGGAUAGACGUCAGAACACAUACAUUAUGGACAAAGACUUCAAAGAUUACAUGAAAGAAUCCGUGUGCAGCUCUAGUACUUGUUCCUUGAAUAGCAGUGAAAACCCUUACGCCACAAUUAAGGACCCGCCCAUCCUCCCUUGCAAGCUUCCAGAAAACAGCUACGUAGAAAUGAAGUCACCUGUGCACAGGGGGUCUCCGUACACAGAUAUGCCAUCCUUGUCGACAUCUAAUAAAAAUAUAUAUGAAGUUGGUAGGUGUCUCAAAUAAGUGAAAACUUAGUGAAAUUAGGGCAAAAGUGCAGCAUCUCAAGUAAAAGCAAGCCCACUACACACACCCUGUCUUGGCAGACUCUUCUUUGGUUGCUCUUUAAGGAAUACAAGGUAGUCUUUCCUAGGACUGUCCUCUCCCCAGUGCAGGAAAUCAAAUUCCUGUGCCAACUCUGCUUUAAAACACACACACACACACACACACACACACACACACACACACACGGAACAGAACUGGGGUGGGGACUGGGUACACAGGCUUCAAAUGAUUAUUGAUACAAACCUCUAUUUUUUAACAAACCUCAAUUUAAAAACGGAAACAAUCAGAACCAACACUACGCAUUUCUGAAUCAUCAUCAUAGUUUAAACUGUACUCCUGGGCUCACUGAUAAGACCCUUACGUCUAUGAUCCUAAAUCACUUGGGGCUGACCAGAGGCCAGGAUUUUGACAGUACAUUCACUUGAGGUCUUCUGUAUCUUCACAACAAGCCUCCAGCCUAACCCUCAUUAUCGGUCUAGAUGUACAGGCCACACCCCCGCCCCACCAAGUUAAAUAGAACUCUUCCCUCCCAAGAAGGCAACCAAAGCUAAUCUAUUCUUUGAAUUCAUUUUUCACUAUAUUCCUUAGAGCCCACAGUCAGUGUGGUCCAAGAAGGCCGCGGUCAUAACUCCAGCUAUAUCCAGAAUCCAUACGACAUUCCUAGGAACAGCCAUAUUCCUGGUCACUAUGACCUCCUCCCACUAAGGCAAAGCCCUACCAGUGGGCCCUCCCAGGACAAGCCAUCUUAAGAGGGCUAAGCUUCUCUCUUGCAGUGUGCUCUGCUGAAUGUUCUCUCACUCUCAGAAAGAAGACAACCCCUUGACUUGAAUACUGAUACACACCGGCUCCAGCUACAUAUUAGUUACUAUGUUUACCUGGAACUGAAGAAGAGCUUCCAAAUGGGACUUGGGUAAUUGUUCAAAAAAGUCUGUAAAUGAAGGCAAAUCCCAUCACCCACCCAGCCCCCAGCCCCAAAUGCCCUGGAUUAUAGGAUUUCUAAAACAUUUAAGAUACCGCUACUCAUCAUCAGCUAAAAUACACAGAUUUAACAUUUAGAAAUAUGCUUUUAAAAAAGCAUGUAGAAUAGCAAACCUUCCAAGGAGGCAAAGGGGCCUGGGGAGACUAGGGGGUUAAAAGCACCUGAAAUGUACAGGUACUUUUGGUUGCUGUUACCAUCAGCAUCUGUUUUACUGCUAAGAUAAUUAGUACGCAAACAUGAACUAUUCUAACAUCAGUCCUAAAGUACCGGUACCCAUACGCCUGGUCCACUGAAUUACAAGGGCCAAGAUUACAGAAUUUAGUCAUCUAAUGCUGACAACCUCCAUUUUAUAAAAAAACCAAGACUUUAGUAAAAAUCAACUGUCUCUCUUCUACCCCAUUAAGUGACAGGAGGCCUAACAAAUGAAGAAAGAAAAAGCAAUAGUUUCCAAAUUGCAGUAGUUACUUUCAGUCCACUGAUUUCUGGGCCAGCUUUCCCAAGUUUUGCCAAUUCAACCUGCCAGAACAAUGCGAGUCAGUCCCGAUCUUGUUCUAUCGCCCUCCUCUAUCAGACACUCGAGCCAUUCCACUUGAAAUAGGAAAUAGGGCAUGGAGAUGUUGCUUAUCGAGUUAGUAGUCAUAAACUAGUAAGAACUAAGUAUGUCGAAAACUGGCUAUUUGGCCUCCCUAAUUUAUUUAGUUGGGAUCCUUUGACUCAGAAAAUAUUUGCUUUCAAGCAGUUCUUCGUAAAUCUUGAGCUUGAUGUAUUAUGGAACCAAAAAGUGUAGAUGAAAUGAGACAAAUGCGGAUAUACCAAGUUUAUAUUGCUUACCGUACAUUAUGCUUUCUGAUGGAACUAAAUGACACCGGUGAUCAAAGAAAGAAUGGACUUUAACCACUUGCUGUAAAUUGGUAUAAAAACUUCCCAGUAAACAGCACAAGAGGAUAUGAAAUGCUUAAAACUACAUUUGAGGAUGGCCAAGUGUGUAUUCCAAUAAGCUAAUGCUCCAGAUCCCAGUGUUCAGACUGCCUAUACCUUCCGUACUAAUGAGCACAUAUAAAUGAGGCUUGGACGAUGCAGAAUGGAGCCAACUCCCAAGACCUACCGAGGACCUCUUCACAAGAAUUCAGUGGCAAACCAUGGAAGCUAAUGGCCACUCUGGUGCCACUGCAUUCUGCUACUAGUUCAGCCAGUCAAAAACACGUCUAAAAAAGGUACGGAGAAGAGGAACUAAAUGCCUGCAAAGCUGGAAUACUGUUACAGGAAGUGUGGGAGUUCUGAAACCCCCAAUAGAAAUUGGAAGUCAGCCAUGGAAUUCAUCAGUCUGGGCAACAGCAAAAGCAAGAACAUUCAUGAGGAAGCCCCCCUUUCCCUAUUUCACUCGAGGCAUAAGCAAAUUUUAGUGUUAGAGGAAAAUAUACAAUACUUACAUGAAUGCUGCAUGUGUGCAUGGGAGCGAGUGAUCAGCAACAGUGAACUGACUUUCAAAAAAAGCCUUAUUAAAAUAUAAAUACUAGAAAAUUACUUUGUAGGCCCAAAUAAAUAUUUCUCAUACAUAUGUAGAAAGAAAUAGAGGUAAGAGACUUACCUCAGUUUUCCAGGGCUGCAAGAGCUCAAUUAUCUUUGUGAAGCAAGGAGGAAAAAGCACGGCGAAGUCAGAUCAGCAAAGAGAAACUUCAUCUCAAUCCCAGGUUUUACCUUCUCCCCUUACCCUGCAUGCACAGUAACUGCUACCUGGCAAACUGCAAACAAGUAGCAUCACUCGAGUUUCAAGUUUUACCCAUCUUUUGCCAACUACCCUCUGGGUAAAGGUAUCCAGCGAGAGGUGGAAUUGCUAGAGCACUGAGUCAAGAGAUUUUGGCAAGUGACUGGCCCUGUUUGGACUCCUUUAUUCCCCUUUCCUAAAAAAAAAAAAGGGAGAAGCAGAAAGUACAGAAGGGAGCCCCAACAACCUUUCAGCUCUUGCAUUCUAUGACUUUUUAAAGCAAUGUAGUAUAACUCAGACAAUACAGAGAAGGGAAGGGCAAAGGAUGUGAAUGAUCUAUGGUGACAAUAACUGCCUUCACAUAUCUAAGAAUUACUGGUAAAAGACAUUUCAAUCUUACGGAGUAACUGAGAAAUUGACGUCUAGCACUGUCACACACAGGUUCAUGGUCAGCCUGAACAGGUGCAUUGUGCAUUUUACUGGUGACUUGGAAAAAUCUGGUAUUUUUCAGAAACUAAAUUUUCCAUCAAAUUGAUAGGCAUACAAUUCAGAUGAAUAAAGAAAGCAAUUGUAUAAUAGUGUAAGAGACUAUGAAAUGGCAAUACUUUUUUUAAACCACAGAUUUGUAAUAUAUUUGUCCACUGUGCAGAGGGAUUGUACCUUGUACAAAAUAAAAUGAAUUUCUCAAACUAA